AAAGUACUAUACACUUCAAAUUUGUUGCAUUCAAACCGUAAUAGCACAGUGGUAACGGCAUAACGGGUAAUUUUGUGAUUACUUUUAAGAAAGAAAAGCAGUAUAUUUUUGCGUUUACGAAAAAGUUUUUUGAGAAAAUAAUAUUAAUUUAAAUAAUUCUAAACAUGAAUGAUACAAAGAUUAGUCGAAAGGAUAAAUAUCAGCACAUACAAGUAUUUGUUCGUGUUAGGCCAACAAAUGUUAUUGAAAAAAAUAAUAAAUUCAAAAACAUAGUAGAAAUUCCUAAUAACAAAGAACUAUUAAUACAUGAACGUCCAUACGAUAAGGUUUCUAAGAAAUUUAAGUUUGACAAUGUAUUUGGACCUUCCUCAAAACAGAUAGAUGUGUAUAAUAUUGUUGUUAGUCCAUUAUUGGAACAAGUUUUGGCUGGAUAUAAUUGUACAGUAUUUGCAUAUGGUCAAACUGGUACAGGGAAAACAUUUACCAUGGAAGGAAUCAACAGUGAUCCAACUUUACAUUGGCAGAGCGAUUCAUCUGCUGGUAUGAUUCCACGAUCUUUAAGUCAUUUAUUUGACAAAUUGCACUUAUUAGAGUCAAAGGAAUACACAAUUAGAGUUAGUUUUCUAGAACUUUAUAAUGAAGACUUAUUUGAUCUUUUAUCACCUAGUGAUGAUGGAACUAAAAUAAGAUUAUAUGAAGAUGCAUCAAAGAAAGGUGCUGUAAUUAUUCAUGGACUGGAAGAAGUAACAGUCCAUAACAAAAGUGAAGUUUAUAAAAUUCUAGAAAAGGGAUCAGAAAGAAGGCAAACUGCUGUAACUCUAAUGAAUAGUCAAUCCAGCCGAUCUCAUACUGUGUUCUCGAUUACCGUACACAUGAAAGAAAAUACAUCUGACGGAGAAGAGGUAUUAAAAACGGGAAAAUUAAAUUUAGUAGAUCUAGCAGGGAGCGAAAACGUUGGAAGAUCCGGUGCUGUUGAAAAGAGAGCAAGAGAAGCUGGUAGUGUUAAUCAGUCUUUGUUAACUCUUGGCAGAGUCAUAACAGCUCUCGUUGAAAGAGCACCUCACAUACCUUACCGAGAGUCGAAACUGACAAGACUGCUACAAGAGUCACUUGGUGGUCGCACAAAAACUUCUAUUAUUGCUACAAUAUCUCCUGCCGCAGUUAAUCUUGACGAAACGCUCUCAACAUUAGAUUAUGCGCAUCGUGCAAAGAAUAUUACUAAUCGUCCGGAAAUAAAUCAAAAACUUUCGAAGAAAGAAUUCCUUAAACAGUAUACAGUUGAAAUUGAGAGAUUACGAAAAGAUUUGGAAGCAACGCGUGAAAAGAAUGGUGUUUAUCUAGCGGAUGAAAAUUAUCAAGAGAUGCAAGCAUUGAUUACUCAACAAAAUAAAGAAAUAGAGGAGAAAAUAAAUUAUAUUAAAGCACUUGAAAAAUCUAUGCAGGAUAAGGAAAAAAUAUAUAAUGAACUUGAAUUACAAACAAUUGCUCAAAUGAAGGAGUUGGGCGAAGUUAAAGCUAAAUUAGAUAAUGUUAUGGGUGCUCUGAAAUCUACGGACGAACGCUUAAAAAUGACAAUUGAGGAACGAGAUAAACAAAAAUAUCUAGUAGAAAAAUAUGUUAAUACAGAGCAAUCUUUGUUAAACCAAGCUGAAAAUUUAUUAAAUGUUGCUGAUGCAGCAACAUCAGAUUCAAGUAAAUUACACGAUAAGAUUGGCCGCAGAACUCAAGUCGAACAAACCUUUGAAGUUCUUAGUGGACAGUUCAUGAAUAAAGUAUCGAGCUGUGUACAAGGAAUUGAAAAAGAUGUUUGUACAUAUGCGGAAGAAAUGAUGAAUUCUUUCACGUCUGUAAAAAGUGAUAUCGGUGCGCAAAGUACUAAUAAAUGUGAAAGUAUGGAUACAGCAAUACAUCAAAUUGCAACGAAUUUAACUAAACAACAUUUAUCUAAUAUCGAUAGCUUAAAAAAAAGUAUAAACGAAUCUUAUUUGAAUGAUCAAAAUUGGAUGAAAAGUAAUAUUACAAAUUUAGCGGAUAUAAUAGAAUCAGACCCUGAAUUAUUUAACGAAAUUUCGAAAAAGUUAGAAUACAAUAUUCAGAAUAUAAUAAAAUACGAAAUUGUUAAGAACCUACAAAAGUUAAGAAAUAAUGUAACUCAAAAAUUAAAGCAAACUUCAACUCUUAUGAAAGAAAUGAUCGAUUCUGCUUGCAAUACUCAACUAGAAGCCUGCAAUGAUAUAAACAAAAAUAUUAAAAGUAUUGCAAACGAUGUGGAGAUACUUGAUAAAAGGCAACAGUUUACAGAGAAAUAUCAUUUAUUUGCAAAGAUGAUGGAAGAUGCAUCUUCUCAAUUCAGUCUUUUGCAUAAGAGUCAAGAGGAACACCAUUCUUUUGUAACUGACAAAUGUAAUUAUGUCAGUAAAGUUUGUAAUGAUACUGCUGAUUACUCAACAGAUAGUUAUAAUAAAAGUGUCAAGAUGCAAAAUGAUCUAAAAGAACAAAUACAAAGUAAUUUAGAAAAAAUUGAAACUGAUAUUGUUCUUAAAACAAGAGAGAAUGAAGAAUUAGUCAACAGAACAGCAGAGCAAGGAAAGAUUCUGGUAGAUGAAUUAAAAUCAAAUAUAAACGAAAACUGUAACUUACUGAAACAACAUAAAAAUCUUACUGAAUGCAACGUUAAAGAAGCUCAGCAAAAAGUAGAUACGGAUAGAGAUAAAAUUCUUUCGUUGGUUGAUAAUGCGCAGAAAAUAGUUAUAGAUAUAGGUAAAGAUUAUGCAGAAACGAUGAGAAAUCAAGAAAUAAAAACAUCUGAAACUUUGAAAGAAAUAACCAGCAAAUUAGAAGAUAAAGUAAUGGAAUCAAGUGCAUGGAGGGAAAGGGUUGUUGAACAAUUACAAUCAACGCGAAACGAAGUUAACAAAUUUUUUGAAGAAGACGUAAAGCGAGAUGUUCCAACAGGUUCAACCCCUGCUAGGAAAGAAUUUUCGUAUCCCCGUCAGUUUGUCGCAACAUCACCCCACGAUCGAAUUCUUCAGAGAUUCAGACAAACUAGAAAAGUUAUUGAAACGUCUAUAGAUGAGGAUGAUAUGAGUGGUGAUAUAACAAUGAGGGAAAUACCACACUCAACUAUUCUACUUGCACAUGAUACUACUCUUACAUCUCCUGCAACUGAUACAACAUUUGUUGAAUCUACCCUUAACAGUGAUUUGGAAUCACCCAAUUAAACGAAUUCAUAUUUUGAGAAUAAAUGAAAAUGAUCUUGUGUCAAAAAAUUAAAAAUUUGUACAAAAGUAAAUAGUUGAUAGUAUUUGAUAUACAUAACUAAAUAAAAAAUAUUUU